GAUCUUCUUCUUCUUCCUCACUUCUCACUUCCACUCCUCAUGGCUCAUCAUAACUCAUUAAGUAUAUAUAUAAAUACCCACACAGCCGCAAUUUCCAAAAUCACACCAAACAAACAUCUAUUCAUAACAGAAAUAACUACACACACAACACAACUGAACACUACAACUCAGAGAUAAACAAACCUUAAACCGGAACAUAAUUCAAACUAAACCAAACCAAACCAAACCGGGUUUUGUUGCAAUGGUGAAGAAGCAAGCGAAAGCGAUCAAGGAAGAGGAAGAGAAGAGAAACACGGCGAUGCAGUCCAAAUACAAAGGAGUGAGGAAGAGGAAAUGGGGUAAAUGGGUUUCUGAGAUCAGACUCCCACACAGCAGGGAACGUAUCUGGUUGGGCUCUUACGACACCCCCGAGAAAGCUGCCCGUGCUUUCGACGCCGCUCAGUUUUGCCUCCGCGGCCGCGACGCCGGUUUCAAUUUCCCAGAUAACCCACCCUCUAUCUCAGGAGGUAGGUCUUUGACGCCUCCGGAGAUCCAAGAAGCGGCUGCUCGGUUCGCCAACAACAACCAAGACAGUGUUGUCAAAGGAGAAGAAGAAGAAGAAUCGGGUAUAGUACCCGGAUCCGAGAUCCGACCUGAGUCUCCUUCUACCUCUGCAUCUGUCGCUACUACAACAUCGACAGUGGACUAUGAUCUUUCGUUUUUGGAUUUGCUUCCGAUGGAUUUCGGGGUGUUUCCUGGGUUUUAUGACUUCUCCGACGACUUCGCCGGUGAUCGUUUUACGGAGAUUUUACCAAUCGAAGAUUACGGAGGGGAUAGUUUAUUAGAACAAUCUUUGCUUCUUUGGGAUUUUUAAAUUUUCCCAAACGAACGAACCUUCUUUUAUUUUUUGGGUUGUCGUCACGGAGUACCUCCGGAGAAUUUUUGUAACACGGAGCUCCAAUGACGACCCGGGAACUUGUUUCCUUUCCGGAUCCGAAUUUGAUGUGGAUCUCAAUUUCUUCACUUUUUUUUUUUCUUUCAUUCUUUUGUUAUUACAGAAAAAAAUAUAUAUCGGAUAAGAUUCUUCUAGUAACAAAUGUUUUUAUUUAUGUCCUUUCCUUUUCUACGUUAAUUUCGUGA